GCUAUCGUGGUAAUUACAGGAACAACAAUAAACAAUCGAACACAAUCUGUACUAUAAGAAAUGAAGGUGCAAAAUGGCUGCUUUAAUUCAUAAGCUGUUUCUUCUUGCAGGAUUAUUGUCUUUGUUUCAUGCUGCAUAUUCAGCUGCCCAACAUCGGUCGUACCUGAGGAUUACAGAACAGAAAUUUGUUUCUUUACCAAUUGAUAUUCUGACACAAGGCAUAGUGAGUCUUUUUGUGGCAAUGUAUGGGAUCAUGCAUAUUGCUGGAGACUUCAAGGAAAUAAGAGCAACAGUAGAUUUGGAAAAUAAGUCAUGGGAAACUGUAAGGAACAUCCCUUCUUUCUAUGUAUUCAACCACAGGGGCAAAGCUUUGUCUCCAAACUACGUUCCACCUGUACAAAAAUCAUCUUUGGAGGAAAUUCACUCAUAGCAUUUGUUUCUUACUGAUGGACGUGUGAAUGUACAGUGUGUUGACGGGACUGUUACAUUAAGUUUGGAAAAGAGAUUUCUACACAAAGUUGAUACUUUUAACAAGUCAUUGCUUGCAUUAAAUUUUCAAGCAGUCUAUUAACUGUCAUUUGUUCUGUGUAAAGUAUAAGGACAUAUUGUCUCAUUUGUUUUUUCAAAUGUAUUUAGUACCUUGUUAAUUGAAAAUCAUAUUUUGAAUGUGUAUAACUGAAAGCAACAUCAUGCUUUCAUAUAUACUUCAUUUUAUUUAUUUUCCCACAGAAAUUAUACAGACUUCACACUGCACCUUUCUUUCUGUUUUCUUACACAGGUCUUAGGCACCUUGCUGUAUAUCUUGUUAAGCUACUGAAUGUUCAGUAGCAAUUUUCACAGAAUUGUGAAUGUAUUUUUAUGAUUUACUGUUACGUAAAACAAAGAUUGUGGACAUUAACAGCAUUUCGAAAUAUAAUGUGAUAAUGAGUAAAUACAAAACAUUAUUUCAAAAACAUUUUGGUACAAAGGUUCCCAAUCAUUGGUUUGCAGACUAGCAGAUCCCAAAUUUUGUUGAUCACAAUUUUUUUUAGAAAACAUUAGAAAAUUAUAAUCUAGAUUGAAAUAAUCUUUGUAUUUAUUAAUGUAAAUUAUUACUAUAGGAACAGUGAACAUUUGUAAUAUUCAUAUAUUUUAAAGGUUUCAGUCUACACUUUGAACAAAGAAAUGUCACCAUUGGUUAUUUACCAUCAAUUAUAAAGCACUGGAGACACAGAUGUACAGUUCUUAGUUACUUGACCAAACUUGAUUGUUACCUUGACAAAGUUUUUGUCUACAGGUAAAAAUCAAAGAAAAAAGAUACUCAGCGUGUGAUACCAAUUAGUUUUUAGUUACAGGAAAAAAUGUUGGCCACCAUGGCAGAGGUUCUCAGUCUAUAGGUUCAGAUUAAAAGAAAAAAGUAUCUUCACCAUGUAAUGCCAGUUUUGCUAAUUUGCAUGUUCAGUAAAUUAGGGAACUACUUCUGAUGGCCUUGGAUUAUGCUUUUGAAUUAGUUAAGUAAAAGUAAAUAUUUGCUGUACUUUUGUUACACCACCAAUUAAAGGAAUUAUAACAAUAAGUGUUAACAUUAAACUGUUUUGUUAUGAACUGUGGUUAUUCUAAUUGCAAGGAAUAAUUUUGUUGUGUGCUGUGGUAAUAAAUAGUAUAUUCCAGUGUGUUA